GGCAGCAGCUACAUUGUUGCGCACGGAACUCGCACUCGUAAUACGAUAUAAGCUGAAUGUAAUUAUUGAUUCCUUUCUUUUUCGCGCAUAUUGGACCAAGCAGACCAGGCUGUGCUCCGCCUACGUUACGCGAACAUAAAAAAAUCGAGCGAAAUGAAUCAUUGCUUUGGUGGGGAGAGGUGUGCGUCGAUUUUCAUGAACGAGCGCGUUCUUCCUAGACACGCAGGCUACGGUGCAGCUUCCCGUACUAGGGUCUAGGGUGGCCACAGAACCCGCGCCCCCCGUGCUGCCGGUAUACGUUGAUGCGGCUAUACUCGACGCGCACGGCGCGGCCGCGAAAAAGUGCGCUUGCUUUCAUUCGAACAAUUCUAACCAUGCGUUACUCAUAUUGUAGACUUCGGAGCAAGUCAUCCUUGCCUGACAUUGACCUGCCACAUAACCAAGACACAGUUGUCGGCAGAAGCCGCAGCACUCAAAUUCGGAACAAGCGGUGCUCUAGAUGUCAAGCGAGACUACGAGCGGAUUUCAACAACGGCACCAUUCAGCUUACGCAGCUUGGAGAAAAUUCAUGCCAGGUGUCGGGUAGGCGUCUUGCAGUCGGGGAGACGGUGACUGUGUCUGACGGUGAUGAAUUCGAGUUGCUUGCGGAAGCCCUGCCUUACGUGGUUGUGUUCGAGAAGUCUUCAGGUCUUGACAUACCUUCAUCGGCUGCUGCAGUCGAUUUUCCCAGUUGUGACGGAAAACACCACUUGAAGCGUAAAUCUGAUGACGAAGACAUGCCACUAUCGAAGAAACAUGCCUCAUCCGACGCGCAUGAUGAACAUGACGAGUAUGUGGAAGAAGUUUCCCGCAAGUUGAAGCACAUGCAGAAUAGCCACAAAGAGCGUCACACCAAUAGGUUGACGCAACAAAGUGAAACUGUGGUUUCUCGUCAUCGUGCAAAUCCUGGAGCGCACCAAAGCAAGAGUGGAUGGACCGACUUGACAGAGGAUCAUGUUUUGCUGUUUAAUUCAGAAAGACUUGAACACAAGCCAAAGAUUGCUGCAUUCGACCUUGAUGGAACUCUAAUCACUACGAAGUCUGGCAAGGUAUUUCCUGUUAACUCUUCUGAUUGGCGGAUACUGCUGUCAGAAACUGAGGCACGCCUACAUAGCCUUGUAAAAGAGGGUUACAAGAUUGUUAUCAUUACCAAUCAGAGGGGUCUUGCCAAGAGCCACAGCCAUGAAGUUGACUUCAAGAGCAAGGUGGAGCGUGUCUUAAUGAUGUUGGCUGUGCCAGCCCAAGUGUAUGUGUCUAUUGGCCACGGCUUCUAUCGCAAACCAGCACCAGGAAUAUGGCAGCACCUGGAGUCUCAUGGAAAUGGAGGUAUCCCCAUUAAUUUGAAGGAGUCCUUUUAUGUUGGAGAUGCUGCAGGGAGACCGGCAAACUGGGAACCUAAACGCAAAAAAGAUUUUUCAUGUUCAGACAGACUGUUUGCCCUCAACAUUGGAAUUGCAUUUUAUACUCCAGAAGAGUUCUUUUUGAGGAGUCGUGCAGCUAAAUUUGAUCUUCCACAAUUUGACCCGGGCACUAACCCUAUGCUGAAUGUUUUGAAUAAUUUUGGUGUACUUUACCCAUCCUAUACUGGAGAAAUCUCAGCCGCUGUUCGCAAAGUGCCAGAUCUCCCACUUGCUGAAGUGAUAGCAGCCACAAAGCCAAGUGAAAGCAAAUUCUUCAAUGGCGAUGACCUUCCAGCAGAUCAUACUGAGGUUGUGGUGCUUGUUGGAUAUCCUGCAUCUGGUAAGAGUCACUUUGCAAAGGAGUACCUUGUGUCAAAGCAGUACGCUCAUAUUAACCGUGAUAUGUUGAAGUCAUCACAGAAGUGCAUUGAGGAAUGUGAAAAAGCACUAAGGCGUGGUCAGAGUGCAGUGGUAGACAACACUAACCCGGACCCUGAGAGCCGAAAAAGGUUUAUUGACAUUGCGAAGAAACACGGCUGUGAAUGCAGGUGUUUUGUUAUGGAUUGCACCCUGGAGAGAGCAAAGCACAAUAACCAGUUUCGUGAGAUUAAGCUGAAGGGACAACCCCAUGUUUCUGUCACAGACAUGGUGUUAUACAACCAUCGGUCCAAGUUCAAAGAGCCAAGAUUGUCUGAAGGAUUCUCAGCCAUAUUAAAAAUAAACUUUGUUCCCAAGUUCGGUGCACCUGAAGAUGAAAAGCUAUACAGAUGCUUUCUCAAAGACAAGUAACAUUCCAGUUAGUGAAUAAACAUGCGAGAUCUGCUA